CAUCCAUAGCAAAGAGCUGUACGAGAGGUUUUCCAACGAAGGAAAGGAUUCGUGCAGUCAUUAACGAACCACGUUCUUACAGCACUAACACACAGGCCAUCAUUCCUUCUAUCAAUUUCUCAUGCAAUGGUAGCAUCAAAGCUUGGGUUGUUUGGUGCAGACUUUGGAGAAGGAUCUGAUUCUGAUCCUGCAACUGAGCUUCAGAUAUGGAGGAAAGUCAAUGGAAGUCAAUUGUACCAGAAAGUAGGAAGUGCUGGAAUCAGUGCCGAAAGGAAUGAGUCAAAAUUUUACUACCAUCAUCUCAAUGCCCCCUUAAAUUUUGAAGCAGGGGACAUAAUGGGAUACUAUCAGCGAAAAGCUACACAUCGGUUUUUGUUUGAGGAAAUUGGGUAUGAUUCAGGUCACCUGUUGUACUAUCGCAACAGCCAGAGGAAUGCAGCCAGGAUUUUUGAUAUAAAUUCAAGUGAUGGCAAUAAUAGUUUGACCCAUGCUCUUCUCAGUGUUAUUACUGACCAACAGGAUUGUGGCUGUGGUUUCAUGAGCAUUGACAGAAUUGCACUAAUUCUAAGUGUACAGAAGAUUUCCAUUGGAGGUCGUCAGCAGAUCACACCAAGUAUGAAAAUCACAUGCCAUGGAAUGCUAACAAAGUGGAUCAUUGGAGCUGAUUGGAACAGAUCGAAGAAAAUGUUUCCUCAACUACAGCUAUGGAGUGAGACUGGAGAGAAAACAUACAAGAUGGUCAAUCAUACCCAAGUACAAACUAGAAAAAGAGCAAUGCAAACAUCUAUGAAUUUGAACUUUUCCCUCCCUAUUACCGUCGAGCCUGGAUAUGUUGUAGGAAUAUUGAUACCUCCAGAGUCUGAUAGCAAGCUUUUGCUUAAAGCAGAAAGAAGUCUCCAGCCAGUAACUUAUUAUGUCUCUACAACACACACCAACUUUUCCUGCUCAAACUCUGAGAAAAACAUAAUAUCAAGCGAUGCAUACAGUCCACUUGUCACUGUAGAGAUAGUGCCUAAUGAAGCUAAAAAAAUCUCUUACACAACAAAUGUAUCAGCAAGCAUGUGUACUUGGCAGCUUACUAUGAGCGACAAGGAAAGAAAUACACAUCAUGGCCAGGGGUAUACAGUUGGAGUGGGAGUAGGAGUUACUGCAAUAAUCAUUGCCUUAGCCUUGCUGGCGUUGGGUGCAUUCAUUUACAUAAAGAAGAAAAGAAAGGUGUUGGUACAGCCACCUGUGGUGGCCAAUCCAACUGUACACCUCAGCAACUAUGAGGUUGAAGGAACUGGAAAGGAUAGUCAACAACAAAGAAGUGGUAACAAAGCAAAGAGCCAUGAGUAUCAGUCACUUACACCUCCAACAUACUGCAAUAUGGUUAGCAGCACUGCAGCUCCUUUAGCAAUGCUGACGGUAGGAGGUGAAGGCCAUUAUGAAACGAGUUGGGAUGCUCUUGAAACAGUUGUUGACUACUAUGUCCCAACUACAAUACAACGCAGAAACUAUGAAUUAGAAGAAGAUGGUUCAUGUCCUUACAUUGUUGCUGUUGAGGAAGAGUUGUUUGUGGAGCAGGAAACCUUCUGGUCACCAGGCUUCACACUUGCCAGCAUCUACAACCAGUUAUCUAACCACAAGUUUAGAGAGAUCAAUAAACAACACAUCGAAAUUGGUGGCUCACUGGGUUCAGGUGAGUUUGGAGUGGUGAGCAAAGGGAGGUGGAUGGCUGUGGUUCGCGGACCAGUGGAAGUAGCCAUGAAGACCCUCAGACCAGCAGCCAAUGAGGACACUCAAGUCAAGUUCCUACAGGAGGCAGCCGUCAUUGGCCAGUUCAAACACCCAAACAUUGUCAAGCUACAUGGAGUAGUCACUGUUGAAGAGCCGAUGAUGAUUGUUAUGGAGUUUAUGGCAAACGGAGAUUUGAAAAACUACCUCAUUUCAUUGAUAACUGAGUAAUUUUUGUGCAUCCUUAGUAAUAAUAAUAUCCAACUAUUCCUCAGUCCUGAUCCCCCAGAGCAAGAUCAACUUUCCCAGUUGUGUCUCACGUUCUGCCGACAGAUUGCCUCUGGUAUGAGCUACCUUGCAGACAAGGCCUUUGUCCACAGAGAUCUUGCAGCUCGUAACAUCCUCGUUUCGAAGGACAAAGUGUGCAAGGUAGCAGACUUUGGGAUGUCUCGUGCAUUAAAUUAUUCCGACUACUAUGUCUCUCAUGGAGGAAUGAUCCCAGUUAAAUGGACUGCCCCUGAGGCCAUUCACUACAAGAAGUACACAACAGCCAGCGAUGUGUGGAGUUUUGGGUGUGUAAUGUAUGAGAUAUGGAGUGUUGGGCACAAGCCAUUUGAAGGUUUCACCAAUGCUGAGGCAAUGGAGAUGGUGACAAGGGGCUACCGACUUCAACCGCCUCCUGGUUGUCCUCGACGCAUUUAUUCAAUGAUGAUAAGCUGCUGGCAUCCAGAGAGGCUUGAUCGUCCAUCAUUUCCCUCUGUUUGCCAGACUCUGGCAGAGGAGGCCAACUCACUGCUGAAGUGGAGAGAGGAGGACAGCCUGUGCCAUCCUCACGCCAGUCUCCUCGGAGCUCCUCUAGAGACUGGGGCUUCCCUCUACCCUGACCUCCAGAACGUUUACCAGGGCAGACAAUGAACUAUAACAUGAACCAUUCAGAGGUUUUUUUUGCGUGAUUCUCAUAUCCAAGCAGUAACCAGAAGGACUUCCAUGUUUUGAAGUUACUCCAUGGGAGUGAGUGUGCAAGGAACAAUAAA